UAUACACACAUUUCCAUACACCUAGAAUGAUCUCGCUUUUCUGACGGCAAAAUCUAGCAAACCGGCAACCGCGUAAAUUUUCAUCAGCCAAAACAAUUUGUUUCCUGUACCUUAGCAACCUGCAACACGCAGUUAAUCGACCUUAACGAUCCAGCUUCAGGGCGUGUUUCACAGCAAACAUGGAGUGUCCGAUUAAUCCAGAGGGGCUACAAAUGCUCAAAAUGCUAAUCGGCUUUUGUCGACUAGAUCCGCAGCUACUUCACCUACCAGAGUUGGACUUUCUGAAAACGUUUAUCGAAAGUCUGGGCGGUAAGAUUCCGGCGCGUGACCCCGAUCAGGGCAGUACGGCGAGUGACGGAAAGACGGAAAGCGGAGGUGCAGCAUCAGGCGAAAAGAAAAAGGAAGAAGAGCCCAAGGAAGUGGAAUCGGAUCCGGAUUCGGAGCUGGAGAUAGAUAAUGAGGGAUGCGUCGAACCGGACUCGGAACCGAACCAACCGAUGGGCGAUGCAUCGAAGGAACCAACGGAGGAAGAGUUCGACCAGGCGAACGAUUUGCGAUCACAGGCGGCGUCGGCAUAUGGCGAGCAAAAGUACGACGAUGCUGUCAAACUGUUCACCGAUGCCAUCCAGCUGAAUCCGAAGAGUGCACUGUAUUAUGCGAAGCGUGGCCAAGCUUAUUUGAAGCUGCAGAAACCGAACGCUUGCAUCCGGGAUUGUAACCGUGCGCUGGAAAUCAACCCAGAUUCGGCAACGGCCUAUAAAUUCCGUGGGCGAGCUAACCGCUUACUUGGCCACUGGGAGGAAGCAGUGAAGGAUUUGCGGCAGGCGUGCAAGCUCGACUUUGACGAGGAAGCGGAUGAGUGGCUAAAGGAGGUAACACCGAACGCGAAGAAGAUCGAACAGCACAAGCAGAAACAGUUGCGCCGGCGACAAGAGCGUGAGUUCCGCGAACGUCAGGAACGUGCCCGCAAGGCGCAGGAAGCAAACCGUAAGGCGGCGGAAGAAGCUGCUGCCGGUGAAGGAGCUGGCUUUGGUGCCGGUGCCGGUGCCGGCGGAAUGCCAUUCGGUGGUGCAAUCCCGGAAGAGAUGCGUAAAUCGUUUGCCGAUCCGGAGGUGCGCGAUGCCAUGAUGGAUAUGUUUACCAACCCAUCCAACAUCUCCAAGUACAUGAACAAUCCAAAGGUGAUGUCGGUGCUAAUGAAACUAUACUCGAACGAACAAGGAGGAGGCGGUGGUUUCCCUGGAUUCGGUGGUGGUGGUUUCCCAGGCUUCCCUGGUUCCGGUGGUGGUGGUUUCCCUGGAUUCCCGGGCGGAGCUGGUGGUGCUGGUGGUGCUGGUGGUGCCGGAUUCCCGAACUUUGGUGGUGCAGGUGGUGGAGCGGGUGCCGGAGCAGGAGCAGGAGCUGGUGCCGGAGGAGGAGGAGCUGGCGCUGGUACUGGAGGUGCCCGUGUGGAUGAUCUAGAUUAGAUGACUUGUUAAGGAUGCGAGUUCGUGCGUGCAUGUGUAUGAAUGUGUGAACCUAUCUAAGGCCAGUUGCAUUUCGAUCUUUUGUUUAUAUCCAAAAACUGUGCCAGCCAGCAAGUUCUAAGGGCUAAUUAAGCUUAGUUUUCCCGUUUUACUUCGCUUUAGCAACGAGCAGAAUUAUUAUAAACAGAAACCUGAUUCCCAACUAAAAACGAUUGUAAUCAUUCGUACCCCGUUAACCUCACAACAACACCAGAGUAGCAGGAAGCACAUUAUAAGUGCACGAAGCUUCUUCCGAAUAAUAAAGAUCAAGAGAAUAAUAAUAA